UCAACUUGCACUGAUGAUUGUCUGAAGUACUUUCUGUCUGGGGCAGCAUGAGGACAGGCAGAUCCUUCUUUUCUGGAGGUCUUUGGGUCGGCGAUCAUGAAGAGCUCCAAGGAAGCCGUGCAGACAGCAGCCAAGGAAUUUCUUCAGUUUGUGAACCGUGGCGUCUCUCCUUACCAUGUUGUGCAGGAGUGCAAAGCCAUGCUUCUGGGAGCUGGGUUUAAAGAACUAAAGGAGACAGAGCAUUGGAGCAUCGAGCCUGACACCAAGUACUUUGUGACCAGGAAUUAUUCCACCAUCAUCGCAUUUGCCGUAGGGGCGUUGUACAAGCCUGGCAAUGGUUUCUCCAUAAUUGGCGCUCACACCGACAGCCCCUGUCUGAGGGUGAAGCCACGUUCUAAGAAGACGAGCCAGGGCUGCCUGCAGGUGGGGGUUGAGUGCUAUGGAGGGGGCAUAUGGAGCACCUGGUUCGAUCGGGACCUAACUGUUGCUGGAAGAGUCAUGCUGAAGACUGGCCAGCUGUUGUCGCAGAAGCUAGUUCACAUCCCGAGGCCUGUUCUACGCAUCCCGCACCUGGCCAUCCACCUCCAGAGAGACGUCAACGACAGCUUCGGCCCCAACAAGGAGAGCCACCUUGUCCCAAUCCUAGCCACAGCAGUGCAGGAAGAGCUGGAGACAGGUUCUGCUUCAACUGGGGAUGCCAGCAGUGCCACAACAACGUCAGAGAAGCAUCAUCUAGCCCUCAUCAACCUGCUGUGCACCGAGCUGGAGGUGGAGAAAGAGUCCCUGCUGGAUUUUGAGCUCUGCCUUGUGGACACUCAGCCGGCUGUGCUGGGAGGCGUGUUUGAGGAGUUCAUCUUCUCUCCUCGUCUUGAUAACCUCCACAGUUGUUUCUGUGCCCUGAAGGCUCUGAUUGACUCCAACUCCCUGGCCAAAGACCCCAACAUCCGUGUGGUGACGCUGUAUGACAAUGAAGAGGUGGGCUCGGAGAGCGCGCAGGGCGCCAUGUCGUCCCUGACCGAGAUCAUCCUGCGGCGCCUGGCCUCCAGCAAGGAAAACCUGACGGCCUUCGAGGAGGCCAUGCCCCGCUCCUUCGUGAUCAGCGCCGACAUGGCACACGCCGUGCACCCCAACUAUCAAGAGAAACAUGAAGAGAAUCACAGACCAGCUUUCCACAAGGGUCCAGUGAUCAAGUUUAACAGUAACCAGCGCUAUGCCACCACUGCUGUGACUGCCUCCAUCCUGAGAGAGAUUGCUACCAAAGUCGACGUUCCCCUGCAGGAUGUGAUGGUGAGGAACGACAGUCCCUGUGGCACCACUAUCGGCCCUAUCCUGUCCGCCAAGCUGGGCAUUCCCGUGUUGGACUUGGGAAGUCCUCAGCUGGCCAUGCAUUCGAUCCGGGAGAUGUGCUGCACAUCUAGCAUCCUUCAGACCACAACACUGUUUCAGGGGUUCUUCGAAAAUUAUCCGGCGGUGAGGAACUCCAUGAUAGUAGAUUAGAAUAGAAGUCUACAGACACAGGGGCUGCCAUUAAAGACAAGAACAAGUACAACCACAGCGGUCUUUUUUAGGUCUAUGGGUUUGUAAUGUGUUCGGGCCACUACAUGAUAAAUACCUUGAAUGAGUUGUGGUUUUUAAUGAGGACUGAUGUAAAUGGACAUUUUGUCUGGAACAGUUUUAAUUUAAUCAUCUAAUAAAGCAUCCUCAGGCAUAGACAAACCUUAAAUUAUUUGGGCUCCUUGUGAUAUUUGUGGGCUCACAAACUUUGAAUUUCCAGAUUCUAGUGAUCUUCAGCAGUAGCUAAACUAAACGUGUUAUGCCUUUUUUGACAUGUGUUAAUCAGUUUAUGUCCCAUGGGAAAAAAUAUACUUCCUAAUGAUUUUGUACUGUGUGUGUUAUUUCGAUUCCCUGUCAUUUUGGCUAAAUCAAAAUCAUAAAUCUGCUUUUCCCUGUG